AUGGCAAGUGCGCAGCCACAGACGCCAUCGGCGAAUCGCCACCAGCAUGUGAGCCGCCGCAAUAAAAAUAUCCCACAGCACCUGCGACUGACCGGACGAAGCUUGGAAGAGAGGCUUCGGGGUCUCUUAAGUCGCCUGGGGAGCGAGCAGCGACGGCAGAUGCUCUCCAAGUUGACGCAGGCACAGCGCCAGAGGCUCGAGCAGCGCCUUCUGGCCAAGCAGUGCGAAAUCCAGCGGAAGAGCUGGCAAGGCUUCUCAGUCGCUGCAUGCGAUGAGGGAGCAGAUCCUGGCAUGAGAUGCGACCGGCUGCCAUCAGCUCGACAAGGUCGAAGCUGUGAGCCAUGCCCCGAUUGCCGGGCAUGGUGUUUGUCAGCUUUGUCCGUGCAGCAAGUGGCCGCCUGCCCACAGUGCCCAAAGCCAAGAAAGCUCGACACGAGGAAGCUGCUAAAGGCAAGCUUGGUGCAGGUCCGCGGCCAGAAGAGGAAGCAAGGAGUCUGCAAGCGCAAGUUUGCAGGCCACAUCAGCUAUGAGGUUCUCUGUAGAGCUGGGCCUUUUUGCUUGAGCACGAAGUGGACAAGAAGCCGGGAAGUUGCGGAGCAGUAUGCGCAGGUCCUGAAUGGAAUCCGACAGAGGGUUCUCCAGUCCGAUGCCGCCGAGGAGGUGCGCUUUCGAGAAGCCAUCGCCGAAGAGCUGCGGCACACUGGCCUAAGAGCGAGGGAGGAUCUCAGCCUGGCCUUCGUUGCGCACGUUGGCGCACGAUACUGGGUUGGGCGGACCCUUGAAACACCCCGCUUCGCUGCCUCGGGCGCCGAUCUUGAGCGGGGCCUCAUGGCGUAUCGACGCCUCCGAGAGGCUCGCAUGGCGGUCUUUGAGGGGGCUUGCAAUGAGCUCUCUCUGCUCAUGAAGCACAGCCCAGGCGAGUUGAGCGAGGCUUGGCAGCGCCUCCGUGUGGUGUACCUGGACAUCUGGGAACAAGCAGGCCAUUCUCGGGAGCGGGUGGCUCGCCGACUGGACUGUUUGGAGGCCAAGCAAAGGCCUCGGCGCUUACAGGCCGAGCAGCGCUGGCGUGCCCGACACGCAGAGCUUCCUGCAUCGAGGAAUCUCGUUUGGCCGACGCAGGUUUCAUGA